AUGAGCAACAUAACGGAAGACGAAGGCAGAUUUAAUGACGCCAGAAAGGAUCAAAAGACAUUAUCAUGUCUAAAAGAGAUCGGCCUCCCUCAGACGGCAACUAAGUUCAUCGAUAUUGAUCUCGUUGGUGAACCGCUAAUUCUCACCAAAGCUACUCCCAUUGAACUAAACACAAAAAUCUUUGAUUUUAUGAUGAACAAUCAGAGCACGGUUGACAAGGAGCUGCUUUUUGACUUUCAGGAGGAAUUCGGUGAAUGGAAUAAGUUAGAAUACAAUAAGACAUCACCAGUAUUGAAGAAACGUCUUAGAACCUUUCUCAGAGAACAUGGUCUCUACCCCGGACCCCUCAAAAGACACAUCGUCCCGCAAUUAAUAGGCUUCCUUGGUAUUGAUGAACUGCCUGACUGGGACUAUGAGGAGCUGAGGGCAAUGACAGACAUCCACCACAAAUCUCUGGUACAUUAUUCUCGAUAUCAGACUUUAUCGGCUCUAAACUUAAUCCCUUCGUCAAUUCAAGACCAGAAAGUUCCAAUCAUUAAUACUACAGCCACUAAAUUGCCACCAACAAUCCAAGCAGGUCAGAGAUUGAUACAGAAUCAAUCUCGCACAGUACACCCGACCACAUAUCAAUUUCAGAGGGCUCCGACGCAGAUAGGGAUAAUGCCAAAUGACUUGAUGAACCCACAAAUACCGAUCAAAAACGAGAUGGACCUGGAUGAUGUUACUAACGUCCUCGCCUACCAAACUGUCCCACCUCUUAUCUUCUUGAGUCAGGAACCAGAGCCCAAUACAGUCACAGCUUUUAAGCAAUAG